UUGCGAUCAUUUCGUAUUACGUCACACUUUCCUGGUUGGUUUUUAAUUAUGGACUUUACCUCGAUUUGUUGGUGAACUUCACGUCCGUACUGUUGAAUUUAACUGCUUUAACCUGUAGGGUUUCAGGGAAUACGCACCCGGCUUGCUAUCUGCUUGUUGGUGACUGGCGUCAGCAGCUGCAAUACUGAAAGCGGAAUCCUCUCCUGGAAACGCUGCAGCUUCGAAGCGCCUGAUCUGGCGAUGGAGGCUGCACGAAUACUUUUAGAAAACAGAUGACAACACUUCACCCCAGUCAACUGUCACUUGGAGGAACACCGUCACGGAUGAGCAAGGUCCGUUUAGACCACACUGGAAAGGGUGUCCCUACACCGCAGUUUACCAGUCUAUUCGAUGACUCCAUAGAGGCAAAUCGGUCCUGUGAAUAGCAUGGGAUGGCUAUGUUGUCCAGAAAGGGACUUAUUCCUGAAGACUACCUGCUGACGCGUUUAGCGGAGGAUGUCUUGCAACCCAGAUUCAAAGCUAAACCGAGAAAGGCUCGGUUUGUGGACAAGGACGGAACCUGUAAUGUUGCCCAUACGAACAUCCGGGAGCAAGGACGGUUUCUGCAGGACGUCUUUACCACCCUAGUGGAUUUGAAAUGGCUUCACACACUUGUAAUAUUUACUAUGUCUUUUCUAUGCAGUUGGCUGUUGUUUGGUAUGAUUUGGUGGCUCAUAGCUUUUGCCCACGGAGACCUAUACCAGGAAAGUGAAGAUUUCGUCCCGUGCGUCACCAGCAUUCAUUCGUUUUCCUCGGCGUUCUUGUUUUCAAUCGAGGUGCAGGUGACUAUUGGUUUCGGUGGGCGCAUGGUCACCGAGGAGUGUCUCUCUGCCAUCAUUACACUGAUAGUUCAGAACAUCGUCGGGUUGGUCAUUAACGCAGUCAUGCUAGGGUGCAUCUUCAUGAAGACGGCUCAAGCCAAACGCCGCGCGGAGACGCUUAUCUUCAGUAAGCACGCAGUUAUCGCCAUGCGGAACAACAAGCUGUGUUUUAUGUUCCGCAUCGGGGACCUGCGCAAGAGCAUGAUCAUCAGCGCCGCGGUCCGAAUGCAGCUGGUCAGGCGGACCACCACGAGUGAGGGCGAGGUGGUUCCCCUCGACCAAAUAGACAUUCAGAUGGACAACCCGAUUGGAACGAACGGCCUAUUCCUGGUGUCCCCUCUCAUUAUUUCCCACGUCAUUGAUAAAAAUAGUCCCCUUUACGAGCUGUCAGCAAUGGACUUUCAGCGUGAGGACAUGGAGGUAAUAGUUGUGUUGGAGGGUGUAGUAGAAACAACUGGCAUCACUACCCAAGCUCGAACGUCCUACCUGUCGGAGGAGAUACUAUGGGGUCAACGUUUUGUGCCUGCAGUCUGUGAGGAAGACGGAAUGUACUCUGUGGAUUAUUCUAAAUUUGGAAACACAGUUAAAGUACCAACCCCUACUUGCAGCGCUAAGAAACUUGAUGAGGACGGGGUUGUUUCUCGAUUAAAAUGUAAUGAGACCUCACCCAAGGGCUCGGUGAGAAGACGACAGCCGCCUUUACGCGUCAAACAAAUGAGCAUGAGCCAGUAG